AUGAAGCUCGUAUCGCGACACAUACCCAAAGAGUUUGAGGACGAGCAGGUCUCGCUCCUACCAGAGGACCCAGAAGACAUGUGGCAUGCAUAUAACCUGAUAGUUCCCGGCGAUCUCGUCCAUGCGCAUGCCAUCCGAAAAGUCGUCAACAUCAACCCGGGCACGGGCGUCCCAGCCGCCGAGCGAGUCCACACAAAUCUGGCCAUCCGGGUCAAGUCAACCUUUUUCGAUCCCGUCGUCUCUUCGCUCCGAGUGUCUGGCGUCGUUGCGGCCGAGAACGACCAUGUGUCCAUGGGCGCCCAUCACACCCUAGACAUUGAGAUUAACAGAUCAUUUACCGUGGUCAAGCCCGACGGCUGGGACAGUGUAGCCAAGGCCACUCUGGCGCAAGCUCUCUCAGACGACAAGAACGGCGCCAUGGCCGCUGUCGUCAUGCAAGAAGGCCUCGCCAACAUCUGCCUCCUUACACAGUUCCGAACUGUUCUCAAGACACGCGUGGAGAGCGUGGUUCCCAAAAAGCGCGAUACUGCUUCCGACCAAGAUGCAGGAAUGAAGAGAUUCUACGACAAGACACUGUCGUCACUACUCAGAGCCGUUGACUUUUCCGAGUCAAGACCGUUACUACUAGCGAGCCCCGGCUUUGUUGCGACGGACUUUAAAGAAUACAUUGCAAAGCAGGGUCGGGAUAAGUCGGACAAGGUGCUCACAGCUGUCGCAAGGCAGGCAACAGUAAUACACGCCAACUCAGGGCACAUCCACAGCUUGAAUGAGGUGCUCAAGAGCCCCGAGGUGCUGGCCAAGAUGAAGGAUAUGAAUUUCGCAAAGGAGGCGCAGUACAUGGACAACUUCUUUGACCUGCUCAAGCUCGACGAUGGGCGAGCAUGGUACGGCAGCAGGGCCGUGGAAAAGGCCAUUGCCGAUGGCGCAGUUGGUCCUGGCGGAGGAGUGCUAUUAAUCAACAACUCCCUCUUUAGGAGUCAGGAUCUCGCGACACGGAAAAAGUACGUUGCGCUGGUGGACAAGGUUAAGCUCGACGGCGGCGAUGCGCGAAUACUAAGCAGCGACCACGAGAGCGGGCAGCGACUCAAGAUGAUGGGAGACAUUGCGGCCAUCUUGAAUUACCCCAUGCACGACCUGGACGAGGAGGAAGAGGAGGAAGCAGAGACGGAGCCGACACCCAAUAGACGGAAUGAGGAGGACGAAAUAGACAUGUUGGAUAGCGUCAUUUAG